UAGUAAUAAUCUUUACAAAUUAAACAUGAAUUGUAUUGUCAAAAUAAUAAUUACUUCAAACUUCUUAUUUAUAAUAAACGAGGUGUAUAGCUUAGAAAGUACGGUCCUCAUGCCAAAUUUGCCUGUCGGAAAAUAUAAAUUAAAAUUCAAAGCUGUUUCCAUUUGUAAUGAAUCCGUCGAUUAUCCUAUGAAAUUUAAAUACUAUUUGUCUAAAGUUUCUACAACUAAAGCACUUUUGAUGGGAAAUGUCACAUUAAAUAUACCGUUUGAUGAUAAUUUGAAACUACACUUGAAUUUGGCUGUAUGGUCGAAAAUUGGAGGCUGGAAAGAUAAUGCCAAUGUAUAUCAAAAUAAAAGAGCAUGUUCACAUCAAAAAUUUCUCUUAGGAAAUGUGUGGAGUGAAUAUAUCGAAAAGCAUAAUUUUACAGAUUGUCCAAUUCAACCGGGUUUUUAUAAAAUUAAUGGAUUUGAUAUAUCACAUAUAAGUAAUGCCAAUCUUCCGAAGGAGUACUUUUAUGGCACUUACAAGCAAAAAAUAUUUUAUAAUAAUGAAAAGGAUAUUCAAGUUGGUUGUUAUUUCUUGGUAUAUGAUUUGAUAAGACCAUGGGAGUAAUGUUGUUAAGUCAUAUAUUUGAAAAAUUCAUUUUCAUGUAUUAAUAAUAUAAUAUAUUUGUUUACCUUUCAAAACUCGAG